AUGUCGCUCACGGUCAGAGACUAUGAUUUUGCGAACAAUCUACCUCCUUUAGCAAUUCACGAAGAUCCAACUGGUCAAUGGUCCCUUGGCGUCGCUGGCACAAUUUGGGACUCGUCGUAUGUUCUUGCAAGAUAUUUGGAAAAAUCACUUGCACAGCAACCUAUUACGAAUCAGAGUAAUAUUUUGGAACUUGGUGCUGGACUUGGCAUUGUUGGCAUGUCUUUGGCUCGUUUCUUGCCUAGUGCAAAUAUUGUACUGACCGACAAAUCGGAUCGACUGAAGCUUUUGCAACACAAUGUCCAAAGCAACAACUCGACGGCGACAGUAGCUGGUUACGAUUGGGAAACGCCGACUUCAGCCCUUGAAGAACAAAAUUGGGAUAUGAUACUAAUUUCGGACUGCAUUUGGGAACCAUCACUUCACACUAUUCUCCUACAAGCACUGCAUCGAGUAAUGAAACCCACCACGGUGUUGCUGAUGGCAUAUGAAGUACGGAAUGAACCAGUUGAGGAGCAGUUUUUGGAUUCUCUGCGACAUACUUACACGUUGCAGUACAUUCCGACUGAGGAAAUGGAUGAACAAUUUCAAAGUGAUGAUAUUCGGAUCAUUCGAGCACAGGCACCAGUUGGUAUAUCUGAAGUUCAUUAA